GAUUCUCAAAAAAAAGAAAGGAAUUCACUCCAUCAACUCAUCUUUCAGCAACGGCGUUUCGAAAGUUCCACACCACCGCCCGGCCGGCCAGCGGCGAUGCCCUUCCCCGGCGGCAACGGCGAGCCCCCUCCCCUUACACCGCCGUUCCCCUCACUCAUCAAACUCGGCCGCGCGGUCACCGCGUGCCACGUCGACCGCCUCCUGACAGUACUCCUUCGCCGCCGCAGGCACCGCCUCCUCGCCGCGCUCGCCUCCCAGGCGCUUGCCAACGCCAUCGCCCCUACACCGCGCACGCACCUCCUUGCCGCCUCCGCCCUGCUCGACUCCGCGCGGCCGCGUGACGCCGCACAGCGCCUCGCGCUUGCCUCCCGCACCGCCAGUCGCCGCCUCUGGGAUGCUCUGCUCCGCCGGGCCUGUGCUAGGGGCUGCGACCCGCGCCACGCACUGGAGCUACUCUCCGCUGCCAUCGAAGACCACGGCAUGGUGCUGUCUCCGUCCACGUACCGCGUGAUGGUGGUGUUGCUGUGUGCCCACGGGGAGGUGGAUUGCGCGCUCAGGGUGUUCGAGGUAAUGACCAGGAGGGGGUGCCAGGUAGAGGAUCGCGUUUGCAGCUCGAUCAUUUCUGGGUUCUCCAGAACCGGGAAGGCUGGAGCAGGGCUGGAUUUCUACGAGAAGGUGAAGCGUCAGUUCAGUGGAUUUGAUCCAGGCCUUGUGACACUGACAUCAGUUGUCCAUGCUCUUGGGUUGGAGGGGAGAACUGGUGAGGUGGCAGAGCUUAUGCAGGAGAUGGAGUGUAAAGGCAUGAAUGCUGAUGCUGUGUUUUACGGCAGCAUGGUUCAUGGAUAUAUGAGUCGUGGGUUCUUGAUGGAAGGUCUUCGGGAGCAUCGAUCCAUGCUAGAGAAGGGAAUCACAGCCGACGCGAUUAACUAUACUACUGUUAUUGAUGGACUCUGCAGAGAAGGUAGUGUGGAGAAAGUAAUGGGGUUCUUGGAUGAGAUGGAGCAAGUGGAUGCUAAACCAAAUUUGAUUACUUAUACAUCACUGGUUGGUGGCUUCUGUAAGAGAGACAGGUUGGAAGAUGCUUUCUCUAUCGUGAGGAAACUGGAACAAACUGGCGUGGUGGUGGAUGAGUAUGUAUAUUCGAUUUUGAUUGACAGUUUGUGCAAAAUGGAAGAUUUAGACAGGGCUUUCUCAUUGCUCACGGAGAUGGAGAAUAAGGGAAUAAAAGCUAGCAUCAUAACAUACAACGCGAUAAUAAAUGGUUUGUGUAAAGCUGGUCACACUGAAAAGGCUCUUGAAAUUUCUGAAGGUGUUGCUGCUGAUAAUUUCACAUAUAGCACACUGUUACAUGGUUACAUUAACAGAGGUGACAUAACCGGUGUUAUGGCAAUAAAGGAUAGGCUUGAAGGUAGUGGUAUUUCUAUUGAUGUUGUCACAUGCAAUGUUCUUAUCAAAGCAUCGUUUAUGAUUAACAAGGUGAAUGAUGCCUGGAGCUUGUUUCAUAAAAUGCCUGAGAUGGGCUUAAGACCUAAUACUAUCACUUACCAUACAAUAAUAGACAAACUGUGUAAAGCUGAGGAAGUUGACAAGGCUCUGGAGUUGUUUGAUGAAUACAAGAAAGAUUCAGGAUUCUCCACUGCAGUUGUUCAUGAGUGCCUGAUUAAAGCACUGUGUUAUGGAGGAAAAGUUGACAUGGCUGACCAAAUAUUUUAUGAUCUUGUUCAGAAAAAAAUAAGGCUCAAUUUCUUUAACUGCAGGAAGUUGAUUCAUGCACACUUCAAAAGACACGGUGAACAUGGUGUGCUGGAUUUCGUUUGUAAGGUUGGUGAAUUAGAUAUUGACUUAUUUUCAGCUGUUUGCAAUUAUGCUUCUGCUUUCUUAAGCAACAGAAAUUGCUGGCAAGCAGCAAUGGAUGCUUACAAGUUACUCAGAAUGCAAGCCAUUGCUGGAACUAGUAAAACAUGCUACAAGCUGCUAAAGAGCUUACACCGAAAUGGAAGUGAAGAGGUCAUACAGCCAUUGCUAUGUGAUUUCAUUAAAAUUCAUGGCCUGCUUGAUCCAACAAUGAUAAAUAUGAUGUCUUGUUAUCUCAGCAAAAAAUGUGUUAGCAAAGCUAUUUGGUUUUCUAAUUACAUGGGCAAAGGCAGUGUUCCUGUCAGUGUUCUGAGAGGAGCUGUCUUUGCUCUAAAGAAGCAAGGUGAAGUUCUGGAUGCAUGUAACUUUUUGAAGAUAGCUGAACAAAGUGGCUUAGUAGAUCUAGCCAUGUACUCCAUAGUGGUGGAUGGCCUUUGUAAGGGUGGGUAUCUUGAAAAAGCACUAGACCUUUGUGAAAGCAUGAAAAAAGAGGGAUUUCAUCCGAACAUUAUCAUUCAUAACUCAGUUCUCAGUGGUUUGUGUCAUCAAGGAUGCCUUACUGAAGCUUUCAGGCUCUUUGACUACUUAGAAAACAGCAAUAUGCUUCCAACAAUAAUCACCUAUACCAUUCUUAUAGGUGCUUUGUGCAGAGAAGGUUUGUUAGAUGACGCAGAUCAGUUAUUCCAAAAAAUGUCAACCAAGGGUAUCAAACCCACUACCCGUGUUUACAACUUGCUGAUAAGUGGUUAUUGUAACUUUGGAUUAACUGAAAAGGCCCUUGAGCUUAUGUCUCAUUUGGAGGAACUCUUUCUACUGCCAGAUUGUUUCACACUUGGUGCAAUUAUCAAUGGACUCUGUCUGAAAGGUGAGACUGAAGCUGCAUUAAGCUUCUUUAAUGAAUACCGUCAUAGGGAUAUGGAACCUGAUUUUGUUGGUUUCAUGAGCCUUGUCAAAGGACUCUAUGCAAAAGGAAGGAUGGAAGAAUCCAGGGGCAUCUUGAGGGAGAUGUUUAAGUGCAAAGAAGUCGUCGAGUUAAUAAACAGUGUUGGAGAUAAGAUUGAAGCAGAGCCCCUUGUUGAUCUCCUAUCUUCUGCAUGUGAUCAAGGGAGGAUUGAUGAGAUUGUAACUAUCCUAAAUGAAGUGGGACUCAUGCUUUUAUCCUCUUCAAGUUCAGUCAGCUAUAAUGCGCUUGCCCACCUCAACAAGGUACAGAAAGCUGAGGAUGCUUAUGAUUCCAUGAAAAAUUCAGGACAAGCAAGUCCAGUCGCUUAUGAUAUUUCUAGCAAUAGUCUCCUUGGGAGUUCUGAUGGCAUAGUUCAACCCAUGAUAGAUGGAGAUGAUAUUUUAUCAAACUUGAGUGGUGACACUGAUAUUGACUACCAAAAUUUGCUUGGAAAGUCUCCCAAUGAUGAUUUCGAGUCAUAUUAUGCUGCUAUUGCUUCACUUUGCUCGAAAGGGGAGGUUCUUAAGGCCAACAAGGCAGUUGAAGCAAUGAUUCAGAAUUGUGGUUAAAUUUGGUGACCUGUCCAACUUGUUAGGGAAACCUUCCUUGCUGCAGUAUCAACAUCUGCAAACAUGUAAACUCACGCCAUAUCAAAACAGAUCCCACUUUCCACAGGAGUUGAUAGAGCGUCUGCUGGUUGACCCAUGGCACCCACCCAUAUGGUUGUGAAUAUUUGAUCUUCAAUAUGGUUUAAGGUUCUGAAAGUCCUUGAGGUUGAGGAUACAUCUUGUUAGAUUCAACCAGUUUACACCCCUCAGCUGAUAUCCUUUGUCUUUUAGAUAUUUACCAGGCCCCUGGUGUUAAUGUUGAACUGUAGGACAUGAGGAAAAGAGAAAGCCAAUACAGCAGCAGGUUCUGCAAAUGCUUGUUCUUUAAAUACAUGAAAGUAGAAGCUGUGCUAUGAUUUCGCUCAUAUCUGUUUUCAAGAAUCUGAAAUAACACCAACAGAUAUGAGGCUGACACAACCAGGAGAAGAGGACGGGGAGAGUGAUUGGGACUGGAGUCAGGCGUAAUGGGUUGUGGUGCAUGAACCAAGUGCAGUCAGCAUUGACAGUAGCUACUGGAUCCCAAGAGAGGGAGAUCUACUUGCUUCAUCGCCGUAUCAAGCAUCAUAGCUGUGUCAGAGCAUGUAAUAAAGAACAUAACAGAGGAAGCAGAGUUUACCUUGACAAAGCAGUCAUGGAAAUGCAAUCUGACCAAGGAUGCUGCCAUCCUGGUCUCCUUGGCCACAGCCU